AUGGCUUCACCGUUGUUGUUGUUGUCAGUUGAAAGUGACUCAACUGACAACCUUCGUCAACAACUUCUCUCCCUAGACACUGACCCUCGAGACCUCCGCGCUGAAAAAGCGCAACUCGAAGCUGAAUUGGCUGCCAUUCAUAAAAAGUUUGACGCCGAUAUCAACGCCAUCCAAGUCAAGAUGGACGAGGUUAAGCGGGGUCUGUCUGCUGAGAAGCGCGUGGCGCGUCAGCUUGCCUUUCCUCAAGGCAUCAUCAACAACGCCAACAUCAUCGAGGGCCUUGCCCUUCAGAUGAAACAUGACACCGGCUUGAAGAUCGCGCUCUUCGCCCUUGCAAACGGUCGCGGCACCGUUCACUACAUCAACAAGUUGGCCGCUGCAAUCAUGACUGAGCUGGCGGGCGAAACGUCAGACUUCUUCCAAACCGUGGCCACUAGAAUUCUCGAGGUCGCUGGCACCAAUGGUGAUGAACAGGCAUUCUCGACACCAAACCUCACUUCAACCUCACCAACCUUCGCUGAUGAUCUUGUCGCCACCGAUCCAGACGGAAACCCCCUCCCUCAGAACGUCGCACCACUCAUGCCACUUGUAUCAUACGGCUCCCCAAGCGUGAAGUCUGAGUCCGACUCUAUCAUGGACUCAUUCGAUGGUCAAGCGAACAUGAGGGCUCUCCAAGAGUACGAAGCCAACGGUGCCAACCUCACCCCAUCUCCCCAACCAGAAAUACCGAACAGAAUUACUCCAGCGAUGUACCGUGCUCCUGUUCAGUCUAAUGGCCAUGCAUCUGGACCAUCCACCCCGUUUCCAAACUUCCCUGCCCCGAAGGUCCAAGCGCCAGCAAUUUCACAGCUAGGCAACAAGUUCCCUGGUCUGCUGGAAAGCAUUGCCAUCGGUAAAGCCAAGAAGCGAGCACUCCCGGAGCCAGACCCAAUGGACACUCCAGAACCAGAGGAGAAUGGUGCAGCAGGACAGGGUACUCCAGCUAGACAGGUCAAGAGAAACAAGACUGGCAGAGAAGCAGUCAUGUCUGGCACAUACAUAUCAUUCCUCAAGCACAUCGAGCUCCUCCACCAACAGCGAAAGAGCAUCGCCAACCUCCUCAGAUGUUCCAAAUGCCAAAACAAUCGACGUGACGUCCGCAUCCUCAGAUGCUUGCACAUCUACUGCCACAAAUGCAUUCUCACCUUGCGCGCUGCUGCCGAGAAGGGCGAUGCUAUGACCGGUUUCAGCUCCGCAUGCGUGGUUGCAGGCUGCACUGAGAUCGUGAUCGGGAAGACAUCGGUGUUGGACUCGGAUUUGAUCGACUUUCUCCAAUGGUAUGACACUCAGGAUGCUGGUAUUCGGCACGGUCCAGCGCAGGCUCAAGUCCUCAAACUCGCAUUGGACAAGACGCCUGACGAUGAAGAUGUCAAGGCCAAGAGCAAAGCGGUCCAGAGGGAGCUUGACAGUGCCAGACUCAGAGGUGUAGUCGAUUCACCUUGUGACUUGGUCAAGAUUGCCAAGUUGGUGAGGAAGCCUUACUAA